CGCUAUUUACAAAAUGGCGGCGCUGUACUCAUGCGCUGCACAAAUUGUAGACAAAGUGACAAAGAAACAAGGCACUGCAAAAAACUUGGCGAUCAACAGUCGCUUUCCCAAGAAGAAAAAACUUUACGCCUUGGUGUGUGAAACACUGAAAUGUGAGUUUAGAUUAUAUUUUUUGCUCAAACCUUUCUGAAGUACUAAUGUUCGAUCUCUCAAUUUUGAGAUCUGUUAAACCUCUUCUUUGGAUUGUUGGUGGGAGAUCGUUAAGUUGUUAUAAGCGUCCCUAAGCUUUCCGUUUUUUAGCUCUCUUUUGGUUUUUGUCUCCAUAUGUGAAAUCGAAGCUGUGUUUCGAUUCAGCGAUGAAUAAUGUUCCUUUAUUUGUAGACAGAGGAAUUUUGGAAGAUAUCUUUGAACAAACAAGACUUCUAAAACUUGAGAAAAAGGUAACUAUAUUAUGAUUAUAACGAUGAUUGUCUUGACUUUCUGUGAUGCGUUUUACAUGUAAAAUAUAAACAACCCCUAUGGGCUGGGUGUAAUUUUGUUGUCUUUGAAAAAUUUAUCUGUGUUUAUUAACACUAAAUUGCUCUCGAAGUCGUUUUACUAAUAGUGGUAUCUCCCAUUAUUCAGCUCAAACAUAGCUAUGCCUUAGUGUUAGUGUAUGACUUCCUGUUUGGCCAAGGAAUCGAAUGUGGUGGAGAGUUGAAACAGUUCAUUUUUAAUCACAAAGCUGCCCUUCAGUCAUGUUUGGCACGUUUGAAGAUCAAAGCCAAGGUUCAUCGCAAUGAGGAUCUGUUGCCUAAACCUGCUGUAGAGACAGGUAAUUAAAAAAUACAGAGAGGUGACCACUCAAUGAUUUCUGCUUCUUGCAAAUUUUCACAUCCCAUCCCUGAAGGGUCAGUUGCAAUCCUAUAGGGGUGGGGUUGGUGUGGGUUUCAGCUAAGCAAAGUUUGGUGAAAGGGGUAGGGAAAUUAUUUGUUCAAACACUUGAAAAUAUUGUAUUAAAUCGUUUUUAAGGUACGAUACAUUCUGUGUAAGAGUAUUGAUUUUAUGUAAAACGCAGUCUGAUGCAGUUUUACUUUUUUUAUCAGUGAUACUCUGUUAAUUUUUUUUCUAAAAUAAACAUGGAAAAUAGAUAACCAGAGGUCCACUAAUAAGCUGUUUGAGUAAAACUGAAUGUGAUUCUGAAAAUAAACAGCAAAGGAAAGCUGUAUCUUUCUGAAAGCUAGUAGUAUCUACAUGUACAUGUAUGUAAUAGACUAUGUAAGUAAAGAAUUCUGUAUCAAUCGAGUAGGCAGCUUGCUUGAGCUUGGCUUGGCUUGGCUAAUUUUUAGAGGUGAAUAAGCUCUUUGUGAAUGUCUUUCCUUAACCUACUCCUUUUUCCUCCUGGAUCCAUACUAGGUUAAUUUAAUGAUUGCCUGGAUAGCUUUCCUUGAUCUUCUAAUCUUUAUUCCCAGGUUGCAGGGAUUUUUAUCUGAUCCAGGAUCAGUUGACCUAGGGACAUAGCAAAGACUUUUCAUCACAUUCGUUUGCAAAAAUGUUGACCCUAAAGAGUGGAAGCAAUGAACUGUGUGACCCAGUAGCAUUAUGGAUACACAUGUAUGUGAUAACCACAAUUGGCUGCACACAGCAAAUGACAGAGUUCAUCCACACCUUCCUAAAAGAAGAGAAUUGUCAUAAAGAGAGAUUUUAAUAAACCAUGGAAUAGUAAAGUAUUGAUUAUGUAACCGUGCAAACAUUUCCCAUAAGGCUAUUGGGUCUCAUUGUUAUGCCCCUUAGGGGUCAACAUUUUUGCAGUCUUGUGUUUACAACUUUUUGUAUUUGUCAUGGAUUAAUCCUUUUAUAAUUUCUUUUGUGAGGCUCAAUUCCAAGAUAUGUACGAGUCAAUAGGAUAAAGACAACACUGAAAGAUGUCAUAAAUGAUUUUGAAAAUAAUGGUUAUCAACUGGUAGACAAACAAGAUAUUGCUUCAUUAGCUGCGCAGGUGAAUAUCUUGCUAAUUUGUGAGCAAACAUUAAGGAAAAGGGACAAAGAUGUAAUUUUUAAAUUCUACUCUCUUUGGAAAGUGCUUGAAUCUGAUGAAACCUCUUCUUGGGUUAUUGUGCAAUCAGUCAGUUGCAUUCUAUGUGUCAACUGAGAGUUUUCACAAUUUUCUAUGUCAUCAUCCACUAACUCAUUUCCAGUCCAGGAGACACUUUUAAGACAAAUUAAGUGCACUUAAGGGCCCCCAAAAUAUGAGUUUUAAUUUUUUGGAAAUUUUUCUUCUAUUGGAAUUGGUUUGUACAUAUGAUAAGCUAAAUAAAAACAAAAGGAAAAAAAUUGUCAUAGGCCCUUAAAGGAGCUCUCCUAAUCUGGACAAUCAGUCUUCACAUUACACUCUUGCUUUUCUUUGACUCAUCAUGUUGUUACACUAUUUUAAACAAUGUUGUUUUCUUUCUGUUACCACAACUAGAAUUCUUCAUGUAAGCAGUUCAUGUGUGACAAACACCUCUCAGAUGUCUUGGUGUUUCCUGCAGGAACAGAUCUGCAUGAUCAUCCUCUUUAUGUCAGUGGACACAUCAUACUUCAAGAUAAAGUAAGGACAGCUAAUGUCACAAAUUCUUGGCAAGAUGAACUUCUUCUGUUCAUGUUUUUCCAAGGCUUUUCUGAGGUUUUGGGGCUCUUUUUUUUGAUGAUUUUGUAAACAGUAUCUUUCAGAUACAAAUUGUUCGUGCAGAGGGGAGUUAACAAGAAAGUCUUUUGCAUAGAUCAGCUUGCAGAUAUUAGUGCUGUAAAAACAAAUCUUUUUUUAAAAAAUCAUUCUGUUUGGCAACCUUCUAAUUGACAUUUCCAUCGUAAUAAAGAGAAAUCCUGUGGGGUUGUGAUAGAAAGUUCAACUGUGACACUGAUCUUUUUUAUAUUAUUUGUUAAUAUAGGCCAGUUGCCUACCAGCACAUGUUCUAGCUGCCCCACCCGGCUCUCAUGUGAUUGAUGCUUGUGCUGCCCCUGGGAACAAAACCAGUCAUGUGGCAAGUUUGAUGAAUGGUUCAGGGUAUGUCUACUAAACAUUAACAGUUACUUUAUCAUCCUGAUAAUUUUUCUCUUUUUAUUUAUUGACAUUCUCUAAUGUGGUUAUACUAUGAGCAGUCCCUCCUGUUCAGCGAAGUCUAUUGUGCGAGUAAAAAAUAUUGGGGGAAAAGAACACUGAUUUUAGCACACCCCAUGAAACUCUGGGAGUAAGACCCUACUUUUCAUGCACCUCCAGUUUUGAACUUGAGCUUUGUUAAUCAGCUGUUUUUCUGUUUUGAUGUCAGGAAAAUAUAUGCAUUUGACAGUGAUAGAAAGAGGUUAGCAGUAAUGCAAACUCUGAUGAAGAAAGCUGGAGUGGAGUGUGUCACAAUGACAAACUGUAGUUUUCUGGAGGUUAGUAACCCGCGUUUAUUGAACAAUUGAAUUGCAAGGCUAUUGGUACAACAAAGGAAACUUCUUAAAGGCCAAUAAUUCAUCUAGUACUCCUAGUUUUCUCUAGAACAAGUAUUACAGUGAUGUCUGGUACAUGCAUCUGUAUAAGAACUGAUCUGGUAACCAUUAGGAACUAUUCUGUGCUAUGUGAUACCUGAUUACAAAAGUUACUUACAGAUGAUGUCAUUCUAUGGAAAACAUGUGCUGUAGCAUUAUGAGUUUUGUUGUUUUAGGUAAUUUGUUUAGAUGAGAGGUUCCAUGGUGUCAUUCUAUGGAGAACUUUUGCUGUAACCUUAUGAAUUUUGUUGCUUUAGGUAAAUCCUUUAGGUGAGAAGUACGCUGAAGUGCAAUACAUUGUGGUAGAUCCAUCAUGCUCUGGGUCUGGUAUUGUCAACAGGAUGGAUGGCAUAAUUGAUGAAAAGGAAGACAAGCUUAAAGAAGAGGUUAGAUCUGCUGCUAAUGAAAGUCAAAUGCUUAAUGAAUUAAGGACAACCUUGUGAAUGCCAACUUUUUUCUCAUUUUUGCAGGAAAGGCUUCUAUCACUAGCCAAGUUUCAGUUGUCUGUGUUAAACCAUGCCUUGUCCUUUCCUCAUGUGAAGAGGGUGGUCUACUCAACCUGCUCCAUUCAUCAACAGGUAAUCAGUUCAGGAGGCAAACUUUUGAUUUUGCACUUGUGAAAACCUUUUAAGCAGUACAAUCGAUGAUUGACUUUGUCUAUAAUAAGUAAGCAUGUUAGUGAUGUUAGUGUUUGAAUUAAUGAGAUUUCUGGUAGAGCAGACAACAAUUACAGCUGAAAUGGGCUGGAGUAACUGGCAAAUACUGGAAAUGAAAAGUGAUGCAGAAAGUUGAAUUUCUUCCUCUCUUUCUUUGUUUAAUCCUUCACUCCCAUUAUGGUAAGGUCUUUGUUCAAGCCAAGUGCCCCCACCAGCGAGAGCUUAUCUCAGGUUCCUUAGCAUGAAGCAACUAGGAGUAUCACUUCUUCCCCCCCUGGGUGAGAUACUAGUCCACUGUAAGAUGACCCCCUCCUCCUUUCCAGCAUUUUAUCCGACUUCCCUGAUAAUUUGCCAGUACCCAUUUAUACUCUUGGGAGGCACUGUGAGAGUAAAUUGUUUUGUCCAAGAAUGCAACACAUUGACCCAGCCAGGUCUCAAUCCUAGACCUCUCUUCCCAGAGUUCAGUGCACUAAUCAUAAGACCACUGUACCUUCCAAAUAGGUUUCCAUUUUAAUUUUCUCCACAACUUUCUUUUUUUCUUUUUCCUGGUAGGAAAAUGAAGAUGUAGUGGAGGCAGCUUUAAACGCAAACAGGGACAGAUUUUCGCUGGAGCAUGCUUUACCAUCCUGGACACACAGAGGAAUGGCUGUGUUUCCUGAGGGUAGGUUUCAUGGUAGGGUACUUCAUAGCUGCUGUUUGGUCUUUUCAUGCAUUGUGUCCUGGUGCAGAGGAAGUUUGUUGAGUGACGAGGCUGUUUGUCAAGCAAUGUGCUCUGGUGUGUAGGAAGAGGGUUGCGUGAGAAGUCCAAGAAGACUAGUGUUUCAACCAAUAAAAAGGCCCCUUAACAUAGCAGCACAAAUUUUCUUGAAACAAGGGUGUUGUUUAGUAGUACGUCUCGUUUUGGAGAUGAUUAAAUAUCUGAUUUUAUGGAGAAGCAGAAAUGGUGUCUGCUGUUAUUUAUUUAUUUUUUUUUCGUAUCAAAGGUUUUAUUAACUCAUGAUAUACUUUUUGUCCACUAUUUGGCAUGUCUCUCUUGGUCUGUUAGACUGAUGGUGUGAUUUCUCCGAACAAUUUUCAAUUGAAUGUCGAUAGUAAUCCGAGAUUUCAUUGGUUUUGCUUUACUUCGCUCUGUGAUUGGUCCGGAAAACUCGCUCCACUACCUCAAUCAAUCAGAACAAAAACUAAAACCAGUCACGACUUGGUCGCGCGCGUUUUCCCGCGCUUUAUCAUCAUAGGGGUUUCUUCAUGUGCGUGGUUUUUUCUAAGCUUGAAGAGCGUGGGCCACUUUCGUAGCGAUCGUGGAUUCACUUAUUAAAUUCAGUCUUGUUUGAAAUUGCUUUGCAAAACUGCAUAGCCUCGAUGCCUGUAGUUUUUGCUAGCAGUUUAGAUAGUUUUGUCAUCAUUACUCUGAGUUCUCUUUGUUCCUUAGAGUUAUUUUCCUUUUUUCUAAAUUAGUAGUUGUGAUAACUUUGGUUUGGUUUUUACAAUCGACGAAAAGUGCUCUAAAAAAAUGUUUGAGACGGCAUUUAAUAUGAGGAUUGUUUCUUGUAUCUUUAACAGCAGAGAGAUGCAUCCGAGCGUCACCUGAUCAAGAUUUCACGAACGGCUUUUUCGUGGCACUCUUUGUGAGAAAUGACAAUAAAACAGUUAUAGAUCACAAAGCCACAGAAUCCAAUGGUUUAUCACCCGGAGGAAAGAGGAAAAGGUCUCAAGAAGACUCAACACAACCAAUGAAUGAUGACGUUGACAACGACAGCGAUUCUGCACAUUCAUUAGCGCAUGUUAAUCUGUUACCGAAGAAAAAAUGUCGGAAAAAGAACAAGAAACACCAAGAAGUAAAUUUACAAGAACAAUAUAAAAAUAUGAAUUUGGAAAGAAAUUUCGGACGGGAUAGUGGUAAAAAGAAACGUAAACGGAAAAAGAAAUAUAAAAAGGUUUCUGUUUGCUCAUAAUACUUCCUGGAUCAGCUCCACUUUUUUAAACCCCAAAGUGUGUAGAUCCAAUCAAUUCUCCCUAGUACCGGCUACUCAUUUUCUGAUAAAUUGUUUAUGAG